AAAUGUAUAAAAAAGAGGUUGUUGAGGCAGUUAUGGUAAUCGAAACACCUCCACUGUGCAUUGUUGGUGUCGUAGGCUAUGUGGAAACACCUCGUGGUCUCCGUGCGUUGACCACAGUUUGGGCCCAACAUUUGUCUGAUGAGGUCAAACGCCGUUUCUAUAAGAAUUGGUAUCGUUCUAAGAAGAAGGCAUUCACGAAGUAUGCGAAGAAGUAUGCAGAAGGUGCUAAAGACGUUCGCAGAGAACUUGAUCGAAUCAAAAAAUAUUGCCAAGUUGUUCGCGUGUUGGCACACACUCAAAUACUAAAGGUGAAAAUAGGACAGAAAAAAGCUCACCUAAUGGAAAUUCAGCUUAAUGGUGGUAGUAUUCAACAAAAAGUUGACUGGGCUUAUGAGAAAUUUGAACAGACAGUUGAUAUUAGUUCUGUUUUUGAGCAAGAUGAGCUUAUCGAUGUUAUUGGAGUCACUAAGAGUAAAGGAUUCGAAGGCGUGACACAUCAUUAG